CAGAACAGAAUAUUUCCUCUCAGGUUGAAUACAAACAGCGGUCAGGAGCUGAGACUCACGCGCGGACUCUCUUAAGGGCCUUCUGAUCUGGCCUCACGAGGCUCUCAGCCCUCGAACCAGUCACUCACCCUUCCGGAGCCACCGCCGCUCCCCUCUACGCCAUGGCAAACAACGGGAUCCGGCGGAAAGACACCACCAAGGGCCCGCCCUUGCGCAUUUUAUCCCUAGAUGGCGGGGGCGUGCGCGGCUACUCGAUGCUCAUCAUACUGCAGGAGCUCAUGCACCGGACCUUUGUCGAGACAGAAGGCCGAGCGCCGAAGCGACACGAAAUACCGAAGCCAUGCGAGCAUUUCGAUCUCAUCGCCGGGACGGGCACGGGCGGGCUGAUUGCCAUCAUGCUGGGAAGGCUGCGGCUGGACCUGGAUACCUGUAAAGAUGUAUAUGUGCGCAUGACGAAGAGAGUGUUUGAGACGGACAAGACGUUCGCCGGCAUACCGUAUCGAUCGACGCUGUUCAAGGCUUCAAAGCUGGAGGAGGCGAUUAUGGAGUGUGUACGCGAACACACCAUUUACGAUGAUGAGGGGAAUGACAGCGAGCAUGCGAGCGCCAUGUCGUCUACCCCGGAUGUCAGGGACCCCGCGACGCCGAAUAGCGUGUAUGGCGUACAGAGGAGUCCUAGUACGGCGAGCAGGUACAGCCAGAUCGGCAUGACACCCGUGAAUAUGCGGAUGGCCGCCUUGAAGUGGGGCAACCCGAAUGCGCUGCUGUACGAUAAGAGAGAGGAGCGCACAAAGACCGCUGUCACGGCAGUCUACAAAGGCACGAAGAACGCUGGCAGCGGCCAGAUACUCCUCCGAUCCUACGACUCGCGAAAAGAGACCUCGAUAGAACCCAACGCUACCAUAUGGCAAGCUGGUCGGGCAACGUGUGCGACUGCUCUCGCUUUCAAGCCGAUCCAAGUUGGCCAAUCCCUGUUCCUCGACGAAGGCUCCGGCAAAUACAACCCUGCGCCCAUGAUUCUCGAUGAAGCCGUCGUCAACGAAUGGCCGGGGCGCGAAGUUGGUGUUUUCAUCAGUAUAGGGACUGGAAAGCGUCCAGAGGGCACCAACCAACAGCAGCAUCUGUGGUGGGAAGGAUUCGUCUCCAGCGGCAUGGGCGAUUUCGCCGAAGCGAGGCGCAAGCUCAUCAGCAAGAUUGAGGACUGCGAAAAGACACAUCAGGCGAUGAAAAAUCACCUAGCGAAGCGACAAGUCAAUCCCGAACACUACUACCGCCUAAACGUCAAUGUGGGUGUCGGCGAGUUCGGAAUGAACGAGUGGAAUCGCCUCGCUGAGAUCAGCACCAACACGCGCAUGUACCUUUCGGAUAACGAUGUGCAAAGCAAGACCUUCGAUGCCGCCUCGAAGCUUGCUAGGAUAUACCGCGCAAAGCAAAGAUGGGAGCGCGCAGAAAGAGGGCAAAUGGCUUACGGCGCGAAGAAUCCCUGGGAGCGCCCUCUCCCACCCGUCCCGGAUGCUUCUCCCAUCGCGGUCGAACUCCCCGCCGAAGAAGUCGCGCCCCAGUUCUACUCCUCCAAUAAUCCCGACAACCCUCCAGACGACUUCCUCCUCCAUCCCUCAGGCUACCACCGCACCCCCGAAAGCGACAAAUUCGCCAUCGUCUCCUCAGACGAAUACCCGCAACCAGUCACCGACCUCCCUCCCCGCCAUUCUGGCGAACUUGUCUCCCCAGGUCGGCGGUCGAACGACCAAUUCAACGUGAGCUCGCUACACAGCUCGCCCAGGCUGAGCUUCGAAGAACCGAAUCGACAGAGCCCGCCUCCGAGGCCGCCGAAGACACCACUGCAGGAGGGUGCGAAGCCGUUGAGCAUGACGGGGCCGCCUACGAUGCCACCACCAACGAGCGCGUUGCCAAGACCGCCGCCUGGUGCGCCCUUGCCAUAUCCAGAUACGGAUGGGCCGCCGGCGGUCAAUAGGGCGCGGAAACCUGAGUACUCACGAUGAUGCGCGUCAUGGUUUGUUUCAUCGCAAUUGAAUCACGAAGCUAUGAUGUCAAGUCGAAGCUUAACGAAUUAGGUAACGAUCUUCUUUCUAUUUGUGUGCGAUUCCUCUUCCAGGGUUUUGGCGCGAGCGCCCUGGCUGGCAGGCCCGGGGUGGCUACAGCACGUUACUGGUGGCGGCGUAAUGUGAGUUGGAUCUUGGGUUUCGAGCGGGUUCGCGCAUGCUCGAUGGAAUACUGAUGGUUGGGAGUACGUGAGUACAUAGUUACAGAUACCCUUUGAACUGU